CACAUUACUUUUAAUUUACAUGUCAUUUAUUUAUGUUAUACCAUUUGGAACUAGGUGUGAAUCAAAUGACGCAUAUAGUUUGAAUGUUAACAGAAAGUUGAAACAAUUAAUGAGAGAGGUAGAGAUGCUAGGUGUUAGUGUUGAAACUGAGCUGCAUUUGUUCUUCCCUGUUUGGUUAGGCUUCGGUGUCUCUCCUUAUAAGUCAUCACUCAUCAAUGUCCACUGAUGUAGUUAGUUGGAUGUAUAUAAUAAAGGUAUAUUCUUGUUGUGAGAUACUAAUAUUGUGAAGGUAAUAUAAAACCAAACAUAUUAGUAUUAUACAUCUCUGACUUAAAUUGAUGGAGUAAGUCUGUAACUUUGUUUUGAUCUACGGUUGUAACUCAUAUUACAAUUACUUAGUUAUGAUGCUUUAUGGACAUCUUAAUAUUACUUUGUGUGCUAAUAUAUUGAGUUGAGAUUAUUUUAAAAAUAUUUUCAUAUUUAGAGCAGCAAUGGCUAAAAGAAGGAAAUUGAGUAUUGGGCAUCGAGAAAAUAGUAAUGAAGGAAGACAGUCCAUUCCCACUAAUUCAAACUCAACCAAUGUGCAAGGAAGUAAUGGUGCAGAAACUGGUUCUGGUCCUAGUCAUACAGAAAGUGUCAUGCCUGAGUCUGUAGAAUCUCACUCAAUUCCUUCUAACAUAGAAGCUGAAGAAGAAGAAGAACGUAUUGUGGAAGGACCUAAACGACGUAGAGGUCCAACAAGAAUGUUAGAUAUAUGGGAAAUGGAGGAUGAUUUCAUAAUUGUUAAGUUGGAUAACUUUGGACGACCAAUUGGUGAUGAAGGGACAGCUUUUACUCGUUACUUAGGUAGUAUUGUUAGAAGGUCUCAAUAUGCACCCAUCAACAUCAAAACUUGGAAAGAUAUGCCCUCAGAUAAUAAAAAAGCGAUGCUGAAACAAAUAGAGAUGAAAAAGGGAAAAGGAGUGAUGCCUGGACGUCAAGAUAUUUACAUUGAAACUCGCACACGUAAAGAUGGGUCAAUUGUCAAUGAAAAAGCUGCAAGAAUGAUUGAAGAACUAAAAAAACAUAGUAAUGAAGCUGGAACAUCUCAAUCAACUCAAAACAAUCAGGGUUCUAUGUCAUGGAAGGAUGACAUAUUUUCUAAAGUACAAGGAGCUGCAAAGAAGGGGCGCGUGCGAUGUAUGGGAAAGUUACCUAAAUCUAAAAAAUCAAAGGUUGAUUUGUCUGAAAAUGAAGAGCUGCGUGAUAGAGUUAAGACUAUGGAGGGCUUGUUAGCAAAUGUCAUGACUUUGAUUCAAAGUCGAUUUUCUGGAGAAGAUGUGAAUGAGAUAAUGCAAGUUGCUAGAUAGGUGAAGAUGAGGAGGCUAAUAUGGAGACUUGAAGAUGAAAAUUUGAAAUUGGAAACUAGGCUAGACAUUGUUUUGGUUCUUUUCUCUAUUGACAUAGUUAUAUAUAAGGCUUUGUAUCCCGAAUAUGGAUUUGUCUUGUUUUGGUUAAUGCUCUAAAGUACAAUAGGAUUGACAUGA